AUGGCACCCACACACCCCCAUCAGCCUUCCCCGGCCUUCGGCCUUCAUUGGAAAUCCAACCUUUUUGGUCCUGUGCCAGCUUGGACGGCAACCCCGAACAUCGCCACAAUCGAGGCACUGUCACGACAACACCUUCGUGCGGAAGACCUUUCCGUAAAAUUCCUCGCAGGAGGGGCGUUUAACAAAGUCUAUUUAAUCACGGUCUCCUCAAACACAAUCAAGGACCCGAAGUCCUACAUCUUCCGCGCAACGCUCCCGGUCGAACCGUUCUACAAGACUGCCAGCGAGGUUGCCACUCUCCGACUAUUGCGGCAAUGUACCUCACUACCAGUUCCAGAGGUAUUCGCCUACGAUUGCACGACCGAAAACGAGUUGGGUUUUGAAUGGAUCAUUAUGGCGAAAAUCCCAGGAGUCUGCCUGGGGGAGGUCUGGCGCGAUCUGAGCCUCGAGAGAAAGACGAUUGUUGUUGAGCGCUUGGGGCAGCUCUCGAAGGAACUCCGUGGGAAGUGCAGAUUCGAUGCCGUCGGGAGUUUGUAUCACCGUGCCGAGCUCAGCGAAGCUGACUUGAAGGUCGCUGUGGCUACUGAUAACAGCAAUUUUGUGAUCGGUCCGAUAGUAAACUCUUUUAUUUUCGCUGGAAAGAGGAAGCUACUGAUAAAGAGGGAUCGCGGGCCUUAUCACAGCGACCGGGAAUACUUACUUGCAUUAAUGAAAGUGGAACUGGAAGAUAAGAAACUUCUCCUAAAACUGAUUUCUGGUAAGUAUGACAAAUCAAAUGGAUUGGCUACAAUAAAGUAACGAGAUGUUAGAUAAACAUGCGGCUGGCGUUCGAAUGGCGCAUUCGGAUGACGAAGAUUCAGAGAGCGAUGAAGAUCUUGCCGAGGAUGUGCCAGAGAUUGAGGAUACCAUCCAACGGCUCCGGGGAAUUCUCACUUCCCUUUUCUCCGACGACAUGCAAACAAAGGAAUUCGCGCUGCGUCACCACGACCUUAAUCGCUCAAAUAUCAUGGUUGACCGCACAACGCUGGAGAUAACCGGGAUCGUUGAUUGGGAAUGUAUUACCACUGUCCCAGCUUGGGAAGACACCUAUCCCCAAAUGCUACAGGGAGGAGAUAUGGAGGAACAACCGGAGCCUUUGGCAUUUGGGGACACUGAUGAGUGCCGCGUUGAGAGAUGGGAGAAAUGGGAGAAGACAAAGCUGAGAAAAGUCUUUGAUCAGGCUGCGGGUUCGGGUGCAAACAAUGAUAAAGAUGGAUGGGAUAAGCGUGGCGUCAGAGAGCAACUUGAUUUGCUUGAAUUUUCGACUAAGAUGGUGAAGAACUGGAUUAUUGGGUAUGAGAAGCGAGUGUGUGUGCAAUGCUGA